UUAACUAAAUAUUUAAUACUCCUAUAUUAUUCAGUUUUUUUUGUUGUUUUUUUUUAGUGCAUAUCUUGCUGAGUUAGUUCAGAUAUUUCAGGCAUUCUCAUUUACUACAUAAAUCUGCGACACUGUUAGAUCAAAUGACACCAAAAUUGUAGUCACCUGGCGGAAUGGAUUAGGAAAAUUUUGCAUCACGCAGAGACAGACAGUGUUGAUCUAGAGAAGAUUAAGUCAUAUUGAGGUGUUUUGAAUGACCACAACAAUGUCCACCAGUAAAUCAGCCGCCAGAAGAGCAAUUCUACAGACCUCCAGGACCAGAUGGAACAGGACAGAUAGCUUUGACAUUGUUCCUAUUAUCAAUUCAGACACAACCAAGUGUGAUGAAGACAACGUAGAGCGCUGGCUUACCACAAUCUCCAAGGACGAUACAAAACCAGAGGUUGUCCAUGAGACGACAGUAAAGCCCAUAAGAAGAAACCAGAGUGGAGAAGAUGAUCUGGCACUGGGAGUGGAAGCAUCUUUAUAUGGGAGACGCUCUCUCAAGACUGUACGAGAACUUCUGAGGUCAUCUCACGAUCCUCCUGCUCUGACCAGGUGGAACAGUUUUGCAUCGAAUGUCUCAAUACCGUCUGACGUCAGUGUAAUGGAUGUGUUGAACAUACUGCAGGAUGACCCUGAAGAACUGUUGCUGGAUUUGGGUUUUGGGACUGAGGAGCCCGAUAUUACAGGGAGAAUCCCAGCCCGAUUCCUCAAUUACCAGUCCUGCGCUCGUGGCAUCAGCUUUCAGCUCUUUCUGGAAGCUCAGCAGAACCGAAUGGAUGUUGAAAACACAGAUGUCAGAAAUCGGUUUAGGCAACUUGAGGUUCUUCAGCAGGUCACCACAACGUUCUCCUCUCUGGUCGGUGCAAGUAAUCUGGAUGCGGACCCCACCUCCUGGACGUCUGCAGAGGCAAAGGACAAAAGAAGACGCAUGGCCAUGAUUCUGCGUAGAGCCUCUAAGAAGAGCCUUAGCCAAGCCAAAACGUUACAGAACCAGCACAUGCCCUCUUCUGUGACAUCCCCAGCCCCAUCCAGCCUAGAAUCUUCUGGGAUGCCAAUAGCAGAUAAAAAGAUCCCUUCCAAAUGCACAAGGAUGUCAGACAACUUUCUCUUCCCACUAGAAGAGGAGCACAGUGUUAAUUCAGAGGCAGCUGAGCUGGUUCUAAACAGCCCGUUGGCAAGAGGAACAUCAAACCCUGUUAAGCUCAAUUCUGUCCCGUUUUCAACUGAGGAGAGUAUGCAACGGCCUGUUCAAUCUUUCGAGCUUGAAGAGAUCCAGAGUUUUGAUGAAGGAAGCGUUCCUGGGAGCUGUAAUGGUCCAGUGGAUCCUGGAGGUGAACGAAUGGGGUCUUACGUGAUGAGAACAAACAGUUGUCAGUCAGACAGCAGCGGCUUUCUAGAGGAGCCGUUCAUACCUGCGCUGUCCCAGCAAAACAACCCUGGACCCGAGCUCAUGAAGAUGCUGAAUGCAAUAUCACAAGAUAGCACAGAGGAUCAACAGAAGAGACCAGAACAGCGAGAAAUGGAGGAUCCCUCUACAGAUAAACAGAACUGUGAAACCGAGUCGAAUCAAAAACCCUCGCCUACGACACACUCUAGCAAAACUGUUUUGGGAACAGCAGACUCUGAAAGUGUGUUUGACUCAGGAGAGUUGAGGAAUAUAAGUGAAAAAGAAAAGUCUUCGUCACCAGACAUGAGUAAAGUUAACAAUAAUGGUGUUUACACUCUAGCAUACUUUGUUCAAAUGGAUCCCGUCGGUUAUCAGACUGAAAUUCACAACCGACUGCAAGGAUCAGGAAGUCUAGACCGACGUGUUUAUAGGGAAGGCGUGUCCCUGUUUGAGGAAUUAAAAUCUGCUGAGAUAAACUCUCACUUGAAUUCUACUGAUCUGAAGACAGAUGUUGUGGAAGUGCAGGUGAAUGCCUUUACAAAUAAUCUUGAUGUGGGCAAAAAAGAUCCAGCUUUGGAUCUGAAGCAGGAAUCUCCAGCUUCUACCCAGGGCAAAACGGUGACCUCCGACGUUGCCGUUGGACACAAUUCCCCCACAGCGCUCAAACUCAGAAGAGAGUCUUUCUCCAGAAGGUCCUGGUCUGAUGUAAUCACGGAUAAUGACUCAGGAACAGCACAAACACCCACCACACAGACACCGUUCACAUCUGUGGACACAUCUCCACCUCACUGGAACUCUGUGGAACGUUCUGGAGAUCUUGGACGUUUGCGUUCAAUAUCUCUAGACACGGGAUUGUCAUAUGAGGAGGAGGAUCACAGACUGCAGGGUGCAUUGUGGGCAGGAGCACAGCGAUGCUUUUACUGUGGAUCCCAGAUCAGCUAUGACAAUGGCUGGGCAAAACCUCAACCUGACCUGUCCUCCAGUCUGCCUUAUUCUCUAGAUGAGCUUGAAGAAAUGGUGAAAUGUUUGAGGAAGUUCCGGGCAGUUCUGACAGAAAUUGAAGUAAGACUAGAAGAAGAACAAGCAUCCGUGAUUGGCUCUCUGUCAGAUUCUCACAGGGAGGAAGUAGAAGAUGUUUUGAGGCUUCGAGAAGCUGUCAAACAUGAAGCCGGGACGCUUGAACAGCAGCUGUCUGAUCUGGUACAUCACUAUGAUGACAGCAUAAAAAUGAAGCUGAAUCGGCUCAUGGACGAACAGUCUCAGCUGUGCACUCAACUGCGAAUUACACCCUCUGAUACGCCCCAUUCAGAACCAACCUCAACCAGGAGUGUGGCGAUUCAGUGCUGCCUACCGCCCUUCACGUCCAGUCAACAGCGGUGUGCCCAUCAUCACUGCAGCUGUCUUGGGGCAUGUCAAGAUCCUCACCGGUUCCCCUGUCAAACCCAAUGGGAGGCCAAUUGUAAACCAGACAGGCUGGACUUUGUAGCUUUUAUUAAAAGUUUGAAAAAUUCAUUACAACAUUCAAUCAACAAUAAUUCGUUGGAAUAAGUGAUGCAGCUAUGCACCAAUGAAGACCUGUCAUCUUGUCUGCUUUUUUGGAAGUCACUAAAGUGAAUUGCUGACUUUUGAGCACAGAACUAAUAAAGAACUAUGUAUAUAAACCAUUA